AUGCCAAUUCGCUGGACAGCCGCAGCAGACCAGAUUCUGCUCGUCAAGAUCCUCGAGACUCACGACUUGGCCGUUGAUACCGUUCGGGUGGCAGAGGCGUGGCCUAACGUUUCUUUUAGCUGGAGAUGCCGAGGCCCGACCAACCCCCGGGCUAUUAAGGAGCGCCUCGCAAAAAUCAAGGAGAUGGCCCGGCAGACCGCAAAGAACGGCACCCACGAGAACCCGUCCCCGCCCACCAAGCGCCCCCGAGCCUCGAAAUCGUCGAAGUCCGCGGGUGUGACUAAGUCCAGCCGUGGUAGGAAGCGGAAGAGAACCCCCAAGGACGAGCCAGUGGAGCCCCUUCCCAUCGAGACCGCGCUGCCGGAGACCGACGCCGUCGAGGCGGAGCCGACCGUCCAGGCAUCAGCUGGAGAAGCAUCAGCCGAGCCCGAAAGCCUCCCAGACUACACCGACGAGCGGACCAAACUUCAAGACGAUGUGGCUGAUGAUAACGAGACCGGGGCCGAGCAGGAUAUCGAGGAGCCAGAGCCGGAGUACUUCGACGAUAAUGCCUAA